CUCCUCAACUUCAAUAUCACUGUUGCCGUGAGGCGGUGAUUCUUCAACCUUCUUCGUUUUCUGUUUAGGAAUGGUGAACUGUUCACAGACUUUACCGGCGAGCAAUGGCGGCGAGGAAACCGCAGCGCUGGAUAUGAGGCCGGGCGGUAUGAUCGUUCAGAAGAGAGACGACGGCGUCAGCGGGCCCACUUCAGCUACUGUUGUCACCCUCAAACUCUCAUAUGGCUCCCAGCAACUCGACCUCUCAGUUCCAUCCGAUUCCACUUUCGGUCAGGUAAAAGAUAUUAUUUCCCAAGUCAUUGGUGUGGACCCUAAGGUCCAAAAACUUCUGUUCAGAGGUAAAGAAAAAGAUGAUGAAGAAUAUUUGUCCAUGGCUGGUAUAAAAGACAAUUCAAAAGUUAUUCUUAUGGAGGAGACAAGUAUAGAGAAAAAGUCUGAAGAGGCUGAGGAAAAAAGUGAAACAUCAAGAGGAGGUGAAGCUGUUGAGAGAGAGUCUGAGGAGGUAAAUAGUGAAACAUCAAGAGCGGCUGAAGCUUUUGAGAAACUUACUGAAGAAGUUGAUGUAAAAAGUGAAGCAUCAAGAGGAAGUGAAGCUGUAGGGGUUGUUAGAGCAGAAGUGGACAAGCUCUCGGAUCAGGUCGAUGCUUUACAAGUAGUUAUUAAUGGCGGGACCAAGGUUGAUGAGAAGGAUAUUGUUUAUUUAACUGAGAUGCUGAUGAGGCAGUUAUUAAAAUUGGAUGGCAUAGAUGCGGAAGGAGAAGGGAAGGUGCGGAGGGUCCAGAGACUAGUCGACAACAUGGAUGCUCUGAAAGGAAAGAAUUUGAAUCCUUCCCCCGGCGACUCAAAUCCUCCCCAACUUGGUGACAACGCUAGCACCGUGUCGGUUAAAACUCAAUGGGAAACCUUUGAUUCUGGUGUUGGCAGCCUCAGUCCUCCACCACCUCCAAGUUCACCUCCGCCCCCAUCUUCUACCGUGGCAACCCACGACCGGGAAGAGUUUGAGUAGUCAUUAUUUAACGAUACGUGACUUCAUCUCUUCCCGUUGUUUGUUGAGUACGCGAUCAUUAAGGUGCCAAGGUCUCACACUUCAGAGUAUGUAUAAGCAUUUCCUCUCUGUGCUGUUUCAUUGCCAUUUAUAUUUAUAUGGUCCUUAUGGUGUGGACUGUGGACCUUUUUGAUACUAGAUGAAGGUUAGAAAACACAUCCUUUUCAGCUUAGUACUCAUAAUGCUUUUUUGUUAAGCAGGAUUCUUUUUUGUACUCCGUAAUUUAUUUCUUGGGUAUUUACCCUCAAAGCAAUGUUUGUUGUAUUAUUAUGUGCAAAUUUGCUGCAAUUAAUUUCUUGGGUAUUU